GAUCAAAAUCCAGACCUGCAAUCUGAAAAAAAUAAAAAUUCCCACAUAAAAUUAAUCUAACUGAUAAAAAACUAUAAACCCUGCCAACAGACUAAAUAGAACUCUGUAGUUAAAAAAUCUUUACAUUUUUAUCUUUCCUCCCCUCUGAACUUUCCAGACCAAUAGAUUUGAACACUUGCCGCCCCCAGGGAAGAUAUCCUGGUACAUUGGAUUCUUAUUACCAGACAAACACUUGUCCGCACAGACAGAAUAUACGGCACCCACAGUACUUAGACCACCACUUUUCCUUCAAUUCUGACGCAACCUUUGCCUUCGACUUUGUAGGAUUUUACCCAGAGCCUCUGUAUUUUUUUUCUUCCUGGAUAUUGUCUGUGAAGAGGUGCUGCCAUGAAACACGGCAGAAGGGCACAACCCAAGGCUGUGGAAAAGCGAGAGAUAGAGCUGCGACUAAUCUCUGCUCAGGAUCUCGAAGAUGUGAAAAGAAUCGGCAAGAUGAGAUGUUACGCGGUGGCGUACAUCGACCCCAAGCACAAGGUCACUACGCCUGUGGAUGAGAAUGGCGGAAUCAACCCUAGUUGGAAUCAAAAGCUGCUUCUCCAAGCAGACGAUGAGCUGCUCUCAAAUCCCCUGGCGGCCAUUACAGUGGACAUAUAUGCCAGUGGCCAUUUGCGAGAUAAGUUGGCAGGGACCGCUAGGGUUCUCAUCCCUGACAUCCUUAAGAAUCCUGAUAACCCUAACCCUAAUCCAAACCCCAUAAACUGUAUGGCCGUUCAGGUAUGGAAACCUUCUGGUGAACCUCAGGGUAUUCUCAACAUCUGGAUUCCUCCCACGGGUAAAUUUCUGUUGCGUCGCCUGUCUCUCACCAUGAGUAAAAAGGAAACGCCUGCUGGACUUCAAUGUGAUGCAGACGAGACGACUUCGAUUUCUCCUCCCGCAGAGGCGAUUACUGCUCCUCCUGCAGAGGAGAAUACUGCUUCUCCUCCCCUUAUAAAAGCUGAGUAAUACUGACAUGCGCUUUGUCGCCUUUAUGUGUUUUUAGGUGCCAGUGUACUUGGAAUGUUUAGUUUUUAAUUUGUGUUCCGUAUAGCUUGGGCUGGUUUUCGCCUUGACUACACCUUCCUUCGAUCUGUGGACAAACUUUAGCUAGCUAGCUUUUUGAAAAAGCUUUUGUGGGGUUUUCUUAGGUUUCUGAGGGGAAUAAAGUUAGGGUUGUAGUCAUAUUGAAAGCAAGCAGCUCGUGAAAGCUUGUUCGCACAUAAAAAGGCAGAGAGCUAUGCCUUUUAAGAUGUAAUAUUUUAUGCAAUAAUUAAUUACAGUCGUUGAGUAUUUACAGCA